ACAACCCAGUUGAUAUUUUUUUGACACGCCUUGGUGAUAGUCCUUCGCUAUUUGAUCAAAAAACCUGUGAAUUACUGUGUUAUUUUAUAUAAAAGGAGUAAAAUAUUGUGUGAUAAAUACUUUUUUGUAUUCGUGAUAAAGUUUUGUGUGUUUUAAAUAAAGGAAUCGUUGCAAACAAGCAGAAUGGCGACCAUGACGGACCAGUACGGUACAACUGGGACCCUGACCCUCAAGUGGGACCCUCGGAACCUGGAGAUCCGCACCAUGUCAGUGGAAAGGACCCUGGAGCCGCUCGUGCUGCAGGUCACCACGCUGGUGAACAGCAAGGAUCGGGACGCUAAGAAGAAGAGGCCCGGCAAGUCCAAGCGCGCGAGUGCCCUCGUAGCUACGGUGGAGCGAGCUACGGAGAUCUUCAUCGAACGCGGUCAGACCAUCGCCUACGAGAACCCGGAGAUCACACAACAGAUGCUCACGGCUGUAGAGGAAGUCAGGAAGGCGGGCGCGGGCAUGUCCCUGGCCGCGCGCGAGUUCUCCGAGGAGCCCUGCGCGUCGUCCGUCCGCUCGGGCAUGGUGCGGGCCGCGCGCGCGCUGCUGUCCGCCGUCACCAGGCUGCUCAUCCUCGCGGACAUGGUGGACGUGCAUCUGCUGCUCAACAAGCUCAACACGGUCGAGAACGACCUGGAGCAGCUGAAGGCGGCGUCCUCGCAGUCGGAGCUGGCGGAGUCCGCCCGCCAGCUGACGCGCUCCGCCGCGGAGCUGGCGGCGCAGGCGGCGCGGCGCCAGCGCGAGCUGCGCGAGCCGCGCGUGCGGGACACGCUGGCCGCCGCCAGGGCCGUGCUCAAGAAGCACUCCACCAUGCUGCUCACGGCCUCCAAGGUGUACGUCCGCCACCCGGAGCUGGCGGCCGCCAAGGCCAACCGCGACUACGUGUUGCGCGCAGUCUGCUCCGCCGUCGACAGCAUCUCCUGCGUGGCCAAGGGACAGCCUGUUCCUGUCGCUGGUGGUAAUCGUCCCGUGGAAGGUCCCGGGGAGCUCGCACAGGCACUGGAUGACUUUGAUGAACGCAUGGUGAUGGAGCCGCUGUCGUACUCGGAGCUGCGCACGAGACCCUCACUGGAGGAGCGCCUGGAGUCCAUCAUCUCGGGGGCCGCGCUCAUGGCCGACAGCUCCUGCACCAGGGAUGAACGUCGCGAACGCAUCGUGGCUGAAUGUAACGCUGUGAGGCAAGCUCUGCAGGAUCUGUUGCACGAGUACAUGGCUAAUCAGACCGGCAAACCGGAACAGUCUGCGGGCCUGGAGCGAGCUAUAGAGAACAUGUGCAGGAAGACCAGGGACCUGCGCAGGCAGCUGAGGAAGGCCGUCGUCGACCACGUGUCCGACAGUUUCUUGGAGACCAACGUUCCCCUGCUGGUGUUGAUGGAGGCAGCUCGCAACGGUAACGAGAAAGAAGUAGAAGAAUACGCGCUGGUCUUCACCGAACAUGCUAAUAAACUGGUCGAGGUAGCGAACCUGGUGUGUUCGAUGUCUAACAAUGAGGAUGGCGUUAAGAUGGUGCGACACGCCGCCGAACAUAUCGAGUCGCUGUGUCCGCAGGUGAUAAACUCCGCGCUAGUGCUAGCGGCGCGCUCCCGCUCGCGCGUGGCGCAGGAGAACGCGGCCGCCUUCGCGCGCGCCUGGGAGGCCGCCGUCAAGCUGCUCACCGACGCUGUGGACGAUAUCACCACCAUCGAUGACUUCCUCGCUGUUAGCGAGAACCACAUCCUGGAGGACGUGAACAAGUGCGUGGUGGCGCUGCAGGAGGGCGACCCCGACUCGCUCGAGAGGACCGCCGGCGCCAUCCGGGGCAGGGCCGCCAGGGUCUGUUCCGUGGUCGCGCAGGAGAUGGACAACUACGAGCCCUGCAUCUACACCAAGCGGGUCCUGGAAGCUGUCACCGUGUUGCGAGACCAAGUGAUGUCGAAAUUCGGUGUCCGCGUCGACGCGGCCGUGUCUGCGCUGGGAGGCGGCGCAGGCGCAGCUCUCGACGAGAACGACUUCAUCGACGCCAGUCGGCUGGUGUACGACGCUGUGAGGGAGAUACGCAGGGCUGUGCUCAUGAACAGGGACGAGGAGGAAUUAGACCCGGAGGAUGUUGAACUGGACGAGCACUACACGCUGGAGACACGCAGCAAAUCGAGCGCUCACACCGGUGAACAUGGUGUUGAUGAAUACCCGGACAUCAGUGGAAUUACAAACGCCAGAGAAGCCAUGCGUAAGAUGACAGAAGAAGACAAACGCAAGAUCCUCCAGCAAGUGGAAUUGUUCCGAAGGGAGAAGAUGACCUUCGACAACGAAGUGGCCAAGUGGGAUGAUGCUGGCAAUGACAUCAUCAUGCUAGCCAAGCAUAUGUGCAUGAUCAUGCUUGAGAUGACUGACUUCACAAGAGGCCGCGGCCCCCUCAAGACCACCAUGGAUGUCAUCAACGCCGCCAAGAAGAUCUCCGAGGCUGGCACCAAGCUUGACAAACUGACGAGAGAGAUCGCUGAACAGUGCCCUGAGUCCUCGACCAAGCAGGACCUCCUGGCCUACCUUCAACGCAUCGCUCUCUACUGCCACCAGAUCCAGAUCACCAGCAAGGUCAAGGCCGACGUCCAGAACAUAUCCGGCGAGCUCAUCGUGAGCGGGAACUCACAAACGCAGUCUGAAAGCGCCCUCGUGGUCUCCGGGUUGGACAGUGCGACCUCCCUCAUCCAAGCUGCUAAGAACCUCAUGAACGCUGUUGUGUUGACCGUUAAAGCUUCCUACGUGGCCUCGACCAAGUACACGCGACAGGGCACCAUCGCGUCUCCGAUCGUGGUCUGGCGUAUGAAGGCCCCGGAGAAGAAGCCCCUCAUUCGACCGGAGAAGCCUGAGGAGGUCCGCGCUAAGGUCCGCCGCGGCAGUCAGAAGAAGCAGCCCAGCCCCAUACACGCGCUCGCCGAGUUCCAGAGCCCCGCCGAGAGCGUGUAACGAGGACAUGCUGUAUAAAAACAUUAUUUAUUCAAUAACAUCGUAUUCAAUAAGCUCAUUUAUAUUAAAACUGAGAGUAUUUACUAUUAUUAAUUAUUACACAUACCACUAAAAACUAUUAAUGGGGAAAUAGGCCCCUUCUCAUAUUCCAUAACUUUCACACAACACCAUCUCGUCUCAAACUAAGCAAAGCUUGUAUUGUGAUCGUGCUCAUCACACAAACAUUUUCUGGGUGGGAAUCGAACCCGGGUCACUAACCACUAGACCAACAGGCCAGUCAUGUAGAAUAAGGAUACUCAAUACUUCACUAUUUUAUGAUUGAGAAAAACCCUAUUAUAGAACCCUAUCAGACACAGCAAAGUUUAGAAAAGACGAAGAACGAAGGAUUGGAUCUAUCAUGAAUACUAAAUAUAUAUAUAUAUAUAUCCGGGGACAACUCACACACGGUUAUCUGAUCCCAAGCUAAGCAGAGCUUGU